CUACACUACGCAGCAAGGAAAGGACACGUCGAUAUAAUAAAAGUUUUGAUCCACGCUGGAGCCGAUAUCGAGGCGCCUUCAAAGCAGCGAUGGACAGCUCUUCAUUGCUCCGCAAGCGAAGGCCAUGCUGAAGCCACCAGUGUCCUCAUCAAAGCGGGUGCCAAUAUCGAAGCUUCAGCUGAGAGAAACAAGACACCACUACACCUCGCUAUAGAGAACUCGAAAGACCAGGCUGUAGAAACACUGCUCCAGUUC